UUGACAACUUGAGUAGUUUCCGCGAAAUAUGCAGGUUUUAUAGGAGGGUCUAAUUAAGAGCUCUUUAAAAUCCAUCAUGUAACUACUGUCAUCAACAAACCUUUCAUGUGACUCAAUUAACAAGAAUUUGCAAUCCUAUCUGCAUUAAUUCUGUCCUUUUUAAAAACGCAUCCCGUUGUCUUUUUUGUUUUUGGCGAGAAUUACAAUUUGCAAUGGCGAUGUCUGGCAACUUACCACUCUUCAUCGUACUGUUCGCUCUGGUGUCUGGUCUGCAAAGACACUGGAUGUGCGUGAAAACACCGCCCCCACGCUUCCGGGACCUGCACACGAACUGUUCCGGUCAGCAGUGCUACUCCAUUCAUCUCUUUGCCUGUUACAAUGAGGACUGCUGUGCUGUGAAUUUCCAGUCUAGGAACGUCAGUAUUCCUAUCUUUGGAAGAGGAAUAAACCUAACCGUUAUUCCAAACACCCGGAUUAAUGAGGCAUCCGGCUUAGCUGCAAGUCGCCUACAUCCGGGUGUACUGUACACACACAACGACAGUGGGGACAGGGCGCGAAUCUUUGCCGUGGACUCUGAGAGUGGUCAGACGCUGGCAGAGUAUGAUGCUGUCCCUGCUGACAAUUACGACUGGGAGGACAUGGCAGUGGGCGUGUGCCCCUCAGGAUCAGGGUCAUGUAUCUAUAUCGGUGAUGUUGGUGGUAACUACGGCAAAACUGGAAGUGUUAAAAACAUUUACGUCGUAGAAGAACCCCGGGUCAUUAAUGGCAACGGAAUCCUUCCUCUCCUUGCAAAACUGCAUUACAUCUGGGAUGUGUACGACACAGAGACACUAAUGGUUGAUCCCACAGGUGACGUCAUUCUGAUCUCAAAGGUGCAUGGGGGGCGUGGCCAGAUCGGUAUCAUUCCCUCCAUAGCCUUCUACACCGCGCAGCAAUUCCCAUUCCCACAUUCCUACAACAUCACCAACUCCACCACACUGGCUAUACCUCUAACAGAUGACGUGGACCCUUUGGGUGGGGACAUAUCCCCCAAUGGUCGAGAGGUGGUGCUACGAACACACCACAAGGUCUAUUACUGGAGUGUUAAUGGCCAACAGUACCUCACUACCCUCAAUACCACCAUGCCCACGGAGGUUCCGCAGUUAGAGGAGCCUCAGGGUGAGGCAGUGGCGUGGGAUGCCCGAGGGGAGGGGUACUACACCCUUAGUGAGAGGGAAAAUCAACCACUCUACUUUUUCAGGAGGCUGUUAUAAAUGCUAUGAAAAUAUAAACAUUAAAAAAAUUUUACCCGGUA